CAUAGAAUACUAUGGAGAGUUGUAGUAGAGUGAUUCUACUAUCUAUAGUAUCAAGUUGAUUCACUCUCAAAAGCGCAAAUUACAGUGUCGCCACUAGUGAUUCACUAGUGAAUCGACUCUUUCGUAGAUACCGAAUCAAUUCAUUCGAUUCACCUGAGUGAAUCAAUUCAGUGAACUGAUUCAUUCGUGAAUUACACACCACUAUACAAAACUGAAAUCACACAACAACUUCACAGGCAUAAAUAUCAAGUACAUAAUAUUAUUUCUCAAGCAGUCAAGCACUCAAGCCGAUCUACCGAACACGCUGAAAGCUGAAUCGCUGGAAAAUCUCAAAUACUACCUACCUAUAAUAGCUAUUAAUUUCUUAUUAUAAUUAAAUAAUUUAUAAAUUGAACAGUGAUAAUUAACAUCAUCUCGUAAAAAAAAAAAAAACAGUAACUAGCCAUAUACACAUAACACAUCUGAUACGUACUAACUAUGUAUGCUACAUUGUAAAUAUUAUACAAUUUCCACAAUGUUUUGUUUUCACAAAAAUUUGUUAUUACAAAGAAUUGUUCGUCAAUAUAGUUCGUCAAAAAAAGAUGCGAAGCCCAUAAGAAAUUAUUUAAAACAAAACUCUAAAUUUUUGGAUUCGUUGAGAAUACAUGUGAAAGCUGGAACUGGUGGUUUUGGUUUUCCCCGGUAUGGUGGUGAGGGUGGUAAAGGAGGUGAUGUCUGCUUUGUAGCUACAGAAGGUAUGACACUGAAGGAUUUUUUGAAAAAAUAUCCACUAAAAAAAUUACGUGCAGAAAUGGGUGGUAAUAGUCAUUCUAGACGUAUUCUUGGUCAAAUCGGCGAAGACAAAAAAGUAAAUGUACCUACUGGCAUCACUGUUUAUGAUGAUAAAAAUGUGUUAAUUGGUGAAUUAAAUGAGCCAGAUUCUGAAUUAAUUGUUGGCAAAGGUGGAGUUGGAGGCAACAAAACAAAUGGAUAUUGUGGUUUAAAAGGGGAAAGCAAAUCUAUUAAACUUGAACUUAAAUUAAUUGCUGAUAUUGGUCUUGUUGGUUUUCCAAAUGCUGGAAAAUCUACAUUGCUGAAAGCUAUUUCUAAUGCUAAACCUAAAAUUGCUUCUUAUCCAUUUACAACCAUAAGACCCAAUAUUGGUGUUAUGACUUACGAUGACUUGCGACAGAUAUCAAUGGCUGACUUACCAGGACUUAUAGAAGGAGCUCAUUGUAAUAUUGGAAUGGGACAUAGAUUUCUCAGACAUGUAGAGAGGACAAAAUUACUUCUCCUUGUUGUUGAUAUUAACGGUUUUCAAUUAAAUCCUAAGCAUCAGUUUCGAUCAUGUUUGGAUACAGUAGUUUUACUAAAUAAAGAACUUGAGUUAUAUAAAGAAGAAUUACUAGAUAAACCUGCUAUGUUAAUAAUUAACAAAAUGGACACAGAAGGUGCUAAUGAGAAAUAUUUAGAGAUCAAAAACCAAUUAGAACAUUUAGAUGAUACAAUUAUGUCAUAUUCUGAUGAAAUAAAACCAUCUAAAGCUAUUAAGUUUGAUAAAAUUUUAAAGAUAUCAGCUAAAGAUCAACCAGAUGAUGUGCAACGAGUAAAAUCAACAGUUCGUGAACUCUUAGAUAUCAAUGAAGAAUUAAACAAUAAUAUAGAAUACAAAUCUUUAAAAAAUAUCAAAGAACAACUAAGAGAACGUGGUCCUGUGCUGAUCUAAAUUAAUGUACAUUUACCUUGUACUUUACUUUUAAUACCAGAAUAUGUUUUAUUAUUAUUAUUCUUUUUUUGUUCCUGAUUAAGACUUUAUUUAAAUAAUUUAAUGUUUUAUUAAAUGUUUAGUCAUAAUA